AUGGUAACGAGUAACGACAGUAACGUAGUUACACCGGCAGAACCAGCGACCAGCCAGAACCAAUCAACAACGGCGAUGGACAGCACCGCGACCACCAGUCUAGCCGGGGCAACCCAACCAAACCGAAAGCUGGGUGGAUUUGAAUUUUAUGAAAAAAUCCUUCACUCAGCGCGGUACGUGGUGGCACCGAUGGUGGACGCCAGCGAACUGGCCUGGCGUUUGCUCAGCCGACGGCACGGUGCACAGCUCUGCUACUCGCCCAUGUUCCACAGCAGCUGCUUCACGAAGGAUCCCAAGUAUCGGAAAGAUUCCCUGCAAACCUGCCCGGAAGAUAGGCCACUGAUCAUUCAGUUCUGCGGUAACGAUCCGAAGGUGAUGCUGGAAGCGGCCCUGCUCGCACAGGAUCACUGCGAUGCGAUCGAUAUUAACCUUGGCUGCCCGCAGGCAAUUGCCAAGCGGGGCCACUACGGUGCCUUUCUGCAGGAUGAGUGGGAACUGCUGCGUGAGAUAGUAAGCACCCUGCAUCGUAAUCUGGCCAUCCCGGUCACGUGCAAGAUACGCAUCUUCGAGGAUAUGGCGAAAACGAUCCGAUACGCCCGAAUGCUGCAGGACGCCGGUGCCCAGAUACUGACCGUGCACGGACGGACGCGCGAACAGAAGGGUCCACUGACGGGGUUGGCCGACUGGAAGUACGUGAGCGUUCUGCGGCAACAGUUAAGCAUACCGAUCUUCUCGAACGGGAACAUCAUGUCGGUGCAGGACGUUGAACGGUGCAUCGCGAACACGGGCGUGAACGGGGUGAUGACGGCCGAGGGCAAUCUGCACAAUCCGGCCCUGUUCGAGGGUGUGAAUCCGACCUCCUGGAGCAUGGCCCACGAGUAUUUGGAUCUGGUCGAACAGUAUCCGGCACCGAUUUCUUACAUCCGGGGGCACCUGUUCAAGAUGUUUCAUCAUCUGAUGCACCUGAAAUCGAAUGCGGUCCUACGGGAGAAGCUUGCCGGUAGCCAUUCGGUGGCCGAAUUCCGCUCCGUUGUAAUCCAGCUUGAGCAAAAGUAUCUGCCGUACCACGAAGGAACUCAACCGUGGAUGGGUGAAGAUGAAAGUGAGGAACCAGACGAAGGGGAAGCACCCCAUACGAUCUCAGCGGAUUACAAUUUGCACCUUCCACCGUGGCUCUGUCAACCGUACAUGCGUGCUCCGCCGGAAGUGCACCGUCAAAAGCUGGAAGAGGCGCACCGUCUAGCGAAUGAUCCAACCCGUGAAAAACGUCAAUUUUUCGACGCACACGGUAACGAAAUUUCCCGCAAACGCAUGAAAAAAAUGCGCCGGGUACAACGCCGUCCAAAAAAUAAGAACCGUGCGCAGCAGCGUGCCUUAAACAGUGGUGCAGCGGGUAACACCACGCAGGACAAUGAUACUGAUGAUGGGGAGGACGACGAAGAAGCGGAAGAAGGACAGCAACAAGAGAACGGUUCGAAAGCGAUUGUGCGGAUGAAUAUUUCCAUUACCGACACGAACGGACGGAGGCGUCGGUUUGAUGAGCUGUGCAAAAAUGACGCACCGAAUUGUACGAACCCGAUGGGUAUGAAAUGCGAACAUCAGCUGUGCCGGACGUGCUGCAAAAGCAAAUGUUACCGCGAAAAUCGAGAUUGCGUUGGACACAAGAUUCGCAUCAAGUCAAGACGCGAGAAAGCAAUCGCACUGACACUGGCCGAGCAGGCAGCGAAGGAAAAGCGGAACGAAUCAACCGAUCAGCACGGUAACGUUGAAAUGACACCGGACAAUAAAGUUUCCGACGAGCGAAGCUGA